AACAACUGUGACGAACAUGCCACCUGUACCAAUACACCUGGGAGCUACACCUGCGCCUGUUUGGAAGGAUUCAGUGGCGAUGGAUACACAUGUACAGAUGAUGACGAGUGUGCUCAGGAGAGUACCUGUGAUGAACAUGCCACCUGUACCAACACACUUGGGAGCUACACCUGUGCUUGUAACGAAGGAUACACUGGCGAUGGAAACACUUGCACGGAGAGAUGCUCUUCAGGUUUUGAGUAUUGGAACGAAGCCUGCUACUACCUCUCGCCAAAUAGAAAAACAUUUUUUUUCAGCCGAAAGGGACUGUGACAGUCGUAGGGCGAAACUAGUUGUUUGGCCCGACUCAGCCACUCACCAAUAUCUGAUUGAAAACGCGAAAAGCAAGAGAAACAUCUGGAUUGGACUGAGUGACCGUGGACAAGAGGGUGAGUUCGUCUGGAGCAAUGGUGACUCUCUCGGGUCCUUCCACCACUGGAAGGGGCACAACUUUCCACGUGCUCACUGUGUGGCGAUGAUGAAAAGGAGGGGGACCUAUGUGUUGGGAGUGAAGCUCUGCGCGGCAAAUUGCAACUAUUUCUGCCAACGAACUGCUGCAACCAAUCCUUAGGACAAGGAUGGGAAGAGAGGACGGACCAACAACAUUGACCAAUACUGAGGGUAUUGAGAGGUAGAGACUCUCCAGUCCGCUUAUGAGGCUUAACUGUACAUGUAAUGCUUACGAAUUAUCAAAUGUUCAAUUCUCUAUUACUUACUUUUAUAAAGCUAAGACAUUAUACGCCAGAAAAAGAAGUUACUCAAUCAGUUGGAUACAAUUUUGGAAAUGGUUAGAUAAUAUCCACUAUCAUUCGUCAGUGACACCGAUGUGAUCCGAAAGAAACUUUAUACCCUAAUUAUAAAUGCAAAAGAGCUGAAGACAAUUUUGUAUAGUCAAAGAGGAUAAGGAUUAUAUUUGACGUUUUCUUUUGAGGUGCCAGGUUACAAGACGUUAUCCAAAUUUGGUGACGAGUUUGCUUUCUAUCUAUGUUUAAAGUAGGACAAAAUAGAAAGAAAAUGAUAUUAGCUGCCAGAGAAACUUUUUAUCGCGUAUAUAAUAAACCGAACAAUGUUUUCGCGUUUGAGGCCAUAAAAAGUUAUCACUUUCUGCACUGUUUCCUUAACUUAUACUAUAAUCAGGUUUCUGUCCUAUGUUUUCAAAUAGGAACUACAUCGGUUGAAACCCAGUUCAAAUAAUCCUGCUGUUUAUUUCAUCCGAUCUAAAGUGUAAAUUUGCAUACGGUAUUCAUAUAAAACUAUUAUGAUGUAGUCACUCGUGUACAGGGUUGUAGCCAACACCUGUCCUUCAGUCCUUUGAAGGAAUUUUGCAACUGGGGACUGAAAAAAAGUUUUCCCCAUUCCGUCCCCUUGG